AUGGCCGCGGAGACCAACGAGAGCAGAGAGCAGCAGCCAGCUGAGAACGCCGCGAAUGAUGAAGCAGCACAGCGCGAAGCCUACGACUACUGGGGGUACCUGCUAAAGCCAGAUAAAUGCGGCACACCAAAGCUGGACCGCUUACUGAAGGGCAUUGCAGAGGUCAUUAGCAAGAAGUUCGAACCCAGUGACUCUCCCGACCUCACGCCAUCCCAGAUCGCAGCAUGGUACCGCGCAGUUGGUGGCAACUACGAUGUUCUCUUCACCGAGACGCCGCCCUCCUCGAUCGCCUUCAUUUAUCGCUCCCUAGGCGCGUUCCACAGCCUACAGCCAUCGGCGAGUGACGACGGAUACUCUUCGCCUGCCAUACCUGCACUCAAGAAGCAGGGCUUCGUGACAUGGCAGACAAUACAGCUGUUGCUUGGACCGCAGGAGCAUGUGCCCUUCAUACAGAAGUCGGUCGAGCAGUUCGACGUGAUCGACGCAGAGACGAAUGAGGUUUUCCUCAAGAUGCUGCCGAGCAAGUGCUUUCCAGACAAACCGGACGAAGCAAUGGAGGAAUGGUACGAGGGCGUCGCUGCGAGACUUAAAAGGGAAGCAGAAGCAGAAGCGGAUAGAACGCGUGUCGAGGAUGAGCCGCGGACCUCAGCCGACUUAUCAGGAGAUGGGUCGUCUGCGAACGAGAGAACAGGCGCGUUCAAGUACUUCGAGGACCCCAUGUACCGCAAAGCCAGACCAAGGCCGGCGUUUAUGCGACACGUCUCGAAGGAAGAAGCUCGUGCGAGCAAUGAUCACGGACCGAUAUCGAGAGUUAGGCACAUGCUCAAUCCGUUCAGUAGGCGGCGCAGUCUUCCACCAGGGCGAUAUGACGACGACAGCUUCUCAGAUGAGGACGCAACCCCAAUUGCGUCCAAUCCGCCGUCAACUCAGCGUUAUCCUACUCACAAGCGCCCCCACCCAACCCGACGUGAGAGCUCGCUGUCCACCACGGAUUCUGACUCUGAUUUCGAGAGGCCGCCCUCGAGACGACGCACGCCUGUUCUCCGCCACCGAAGAUCACACGAGCCUCCUGUCUCGCCGAGAGAGUACUUUCCAACCUACCAUGAACAAUACCGGCCUUCGCCUCAACAUCUCCCGAGCGAGAGACCAGAUGUAAGGACCUCAAGCGCACCUUCUCCUGCCCCUGUGUACGGUCCCACAAAGUCGCCCCUCUUCGCCACGCACGUUGCGCAGAUGCAGGCGCGAAACUACUACGACCGACCUACUAUGUCUGCGCGAGCGAGUUACAGACCGGUGCCAGCGCAAAACAUCAGAUAUGCAAGUCAAUCAACGUCAGUAAGCCCACAGCACGCUGACCCGCCGUAUGCGCGCGAUCACGAUCGCUACGCCCACCGCGACCGAGAUGCAUCGUAUGAGGGUGGCAGCAGCAGCAACCACGGAAGCAGCCAAUCGCAUCGUCGUCACUCUUCAACAGGCGACGCAGUUUAUCCACGCGAGCGACAUGAGCGCGAUCGUGACCGCGACGCAGCUAGAACGCGCAGCCACGAUAGAGUGAAAGACGAGUGGGACGACCGUGAACGAGAUCGAAGUCGGGACAAAAGAGGCUACGACAGGAGUAGGGAGCACAGUCGCGACAGAGAUCGAGACAGAGAUAGGCACAGAGGCAGUCACAGGUAUGUUACUGGCGUGGAGGGCGGCGUCAGUGGGAGGAGGUACCCUGUUGUGUCUACCAACCCGUACUAAAGACCAUGCUAGGGUUGGGGGACGCAUUGUCAGGUUGCUGAAGGAGUUCUGAGCACUAUGGACGGCGGAUACCUGUGAUGCCAGAAAGCCAGAGGUAAGGGGCGGUGCAUUGUGGCUGGAAUUUGCUGUGGCGCACGCGUGCUGCAGCAUCGAGUGAUCUCAGCUGGACAUGCUACUGAACAUGCGGGGUUAAUGAGGCUCAGGACACGCGAGGCACAAACAACGGGUAAUGAUUAAUGAUGAUACGACACAGUCG